AUGUCGUCUAAUGAUCUGUCCGCCAGCGCUUGGGACUGCCAUAUUCACGUCUGGGAUCCUGACCGGUACCCAUACAGACCAGGUCGCGUGUACACUCCACCCCCGGCCCUACUGGAAUCUUUCCUCCGGGACAGUCCGGUCCGCCAUGUCAUGGUUGUGCAGGCUUCAGUCGAGGAUGGACACUCUGGCUUAGUAGCAACUCUAUCGCAUUGUCAAAAGCACCAUUGUGACGUCGUCAUCCGGGGCACUAUUGCGGUUCAAGAGCCCUGGGUCGAGCCAGACACGGCUACGCUGGAUUCUCUACAUGAGUUAGGUGUACGGUCAAUCCGCAUUCACGGCUUUCACAGCGGUCGAGGUGAUGACUGGAAUGCCAUGUACACGCUCCUGCGAUCAUUGUCUCGCUCUUACGCCGUUGGGACCUUGGGUUGGACAGUGUCCGCGCAGUUGCCACUCCGCACAUGGGCCGCCUUGACAGAGAGGCUGCUUACAGACCCAGCCCUAGCUAACCUGCACCUGAUUGCGGACCACAAUGGAUGUGCCACUCCAGCUGAGGCGGGGAGCGCUGAAUUCGCAUCGUUUCUGGAACUCCUCCGCGCAAAGAGGGCAAGCGUCAAGGUCUCUGCACUGUACCGACGAAGCCCCGACAACAUCCAUGCCAUGCAGCCCAUCAUUGAGGCAUUCGCCCAAGCAGAACCGAGAGCCCUACUCUGGGGAAGCGACUGGCCCCAUUGCGACAGUACUCCUGGAGGUCGCGAGCUGCCUCCUCUCCGGGGCCCAGCCGAGGUGGCGGAAGAGCUGCAGCUGCUGCGAAGCUGGCUAACAGCAGACCAAUGGAGAUUCAUGAUGGAAGAGAACCCCAAGACGAUAUUUGCCUAG